ACGUCAGAACGUGACCUUCCUUCUAGUCCGAGUCACGUUUGACACGAGCUGUCCGUGGCUGCAUGGCCGAAGUUCAUCCCAACAGGAGGUUAAGAUGCAAUAACUGGUUCUUUGAAUGUUGUCGAAAUACAGGGUAUUGCCAUUGUAAAAACACACAGCAAUGGUGAAGUAUUACUGCUGCGCAGGUUUGCUUAAAAGCACCUGGGACCAAGUUUGUGUUGCCUUCUGGCAACGAUACCCAAACCCUUACAGUAACCAUGUUUUGACGGAGGACAUCAUUUUCCGGGAGGUAACUCCAGCAAACUGCCUCGUUUCCAGACGUCUGUUGACCAAAACUAGCCGAGCACCUCGCUGGAUGGAGCGGUACCUCCCAAAGCAAAUGUCCAGCUCUGCGUAUAUCAUCGAGGACUCCAUCGUGGACCCUAAGAAAAGGACCAUGACCACACUGACCUGGAACAUCAGCCACGCUCGCCUCAUGUCCGUGGAGGAGCGCUGCGAGUAUGGAAUUAACCCAGAGAAUGGCAGCUGGACUGAGAUAAAUAGAGAAGCUUGGAUCUCUUCCAAUGUGUACGGACUCACUAGAGCUAUUCAGGAAUUUGGCCUUGCAAGGUUCAAGACCAGUGUUACGAAGACCAUGAAGGGUUUUGAGUACGUCCUGGCCAAAAUGCAAGGUGAGACACCAUCCAGAACGCUAGCAGAAACUGCGACAGAGAGAGCGAGAGAGACAGCACUGGCAGCUAAGGAGAAAGCCAAAGACCUUGCUUCACACGCCCAGAAGAAACAAUAUGUGUGAUGUAAGAGAUGUAAAAUCAUCAGCUCUUUGUAACUGAUACUGGGACAGAUUUAUCUUUACCCCUCUAAGCAAAGGGGGUAAGACAGAUUAGUCCUGGUCAUGGGUAGACGCCUCUAUGAGGAAGCUUCCAACUUAAAUGGUGGGUGGACCAUAAAAAGGCCUGAGCUGGUCUAAGAGCCUCUGUCAGCCUCCUUGUUUGCCUCAUGCUGAAUUUAUUUUACCUUUGAGAUCAUCUCAGUGUUUACCAGAGAUAGAGAUAGAGGAAGGGUUGGUUGAAUAUGGCUCUUGGUGCCAUAAAAUAAUCACAGCACUUUGCCAAGCUCGAAACAUUUCCUCAGACCGUUGCUCGAACCUCUGUGCCCCUCAACGUUUGCAUUUUACUGUGUUCCUUUGAGUAUGUUUUGUUUUGUUUUGUAAUAGCUUUGUAUUAUUAACAGCUUCUGACUCCAGAAGCUCAUGUUAGCAUAUGAUUCAUGCUUACUAAUUUGUUUGAUUGUUUAAAGUUUUGUUGCUGUUGUCAACAUUUGGUUCAGUUCACCCAGCCUCACCUCACUCAUCCUUCCAAGACUGAUUGCUUCAAGUUGAAGUGUAUUAAUUGAAAAAGGGUCCAUAUUUUUGGCAGUCAUAGCUAUAUUAAGACAACUAGAAAUUUAGCUAUCUUGAUUGUGUGGAAAGAUCUGGUUACUAUGAAUGAAUAUCAGAGUCUUUGCCUCGAAAUGCAAAAUGUACAACAUUUAAAAUGACACCUUGAAAUGUACAAAUAUAUCCGAUGAAACAUCCAACACAGAAAUGUGCUCUUACUGUAUCAAAUAAACAAUCAGCUUCUCAAUAAACGGACAGUUUCUUUCCAA